AUGGCUACCAAAAGGAAAAUGGAAAGAGAUUGCACUGUGGAGGAUGGAGUCCACGAAACGAAUCACGUGCAUGAACGCUCGGACUUACGGGGCGACGAGAAGAAUAUAGCAAUACUUUUAUUUUUAUAUUUAUUACAAGGAAUACCAUUGGGUUUAUGUGGUUCUAUUCCUAUGUUACUCCAGAACCGAAACGUUUCGUAUCGUCAACAGGCUGAAUUCAGUUUUGUCCAAUGGCCUUUUUCUUUGAAACUCUUCUGGGCACCAAUAGUAGAUUCCACAUUUUCUCAAAAAUUUGGAAGGAGGAAAACAUGGUUAAUUCCAACUCAGUAUUUAAUGGGAUUCUUUAUGCUUUUAUUGUCCAGUCGUGUAGACCAAUGGCUGGGUAAUAAAACCACAAACCCCAAUAUAGAAAUGCUGACUAUUAUAUUUUUUGCAUUAAAUGUCUUGGCUGCCACGCAAGAUAUUGUAGUAGAUGGGUGGGCACUGACUAUGUUGAAAAGAUGCAAUGUAGGAUAUGCAUCAACGUGCAAUAGUGUGGGACAAACUGCUGGAUAUUUCAUUGGUUACGUACUUUUCAUGGCACUCGAGUCUGCUGAAUUUUGUAAUAGUUAUUUAAGAUCUACCCCAGCCAGUGAAGGCAUUCUGACUCUGCCUGAUUUCCUUUAUCUUUGGGGUUGGAUAUUUAUAAUUACAACAACUUUGCUUGCAUUGUUUAAGCACGAAAACUUAGAGAAAGUGCAUAAAGAAGAAGAACUGAAUACCAACAUUAAGCAUGCCUAUAAAUUACUUUGGAAUAUUGUCAGAUUACCAUCAAUAAAGACCAUUAUUGUAGUUUUAUUAACUGCCAAGAUCGGGUUUUCUGCUUGUGACGCUGUAACAGGUUUAAAGUUAGUGGAAGCUGGUAUACCUAAGGAAAAAUUCGCUCUUAUGGCCGUACCUAUGAUUCCAUUACAAAUACUAUUACCAUUAGCAAUUUCAAAGUAUACAGUGGGUCCAAGACCAAUGAAUGUGUAUAUAAUGGCUAUGCCUUACAGAUUAGCUUUUGGCUUAGUGGCAGCAUUUUUGGUGUGGCUAACACCAUACGUUGUAACAGGUGGUCAGAUGCCAAUCUACUACUUUAUACUUCUAAUUAUUCUAUACUUGAUACAUCAGGUUUUCACAAGUAGUAUGUUCGUAGCGUCGAUGGCAUUUUUCGCAAAAAUUAGCGAUCCUGCAGUCGGUGGUACUUACAUGACAUUAUUAAAUACUCUAUCCAAUUUGGGAGGUAAUUGGCCGGCAACGGCUGCUCUUUGGUUCGUCGACCCAUUAACAUUCCGACAGUGCAGCACUGAUCCAUCGAAUGACUGUAGCACAAUUUCAAAAAGAGAACUCUGUACGAAUACGCACAAUGGUAUUUGUAAUAUGCAGUUUGAUGGCUACUAUGUCGAAAGUAUCUUAUGUUUAAUCAUUGGAUUUGCAUGGCUCAGGUGGGGUCGACGGAAAAUCGACCUCCUACAAACAAGAUCAAUGUCUGCUUGGAAAGUUAUACUUGCGAAACAGAACAGAUAACAGUGUAGAAUCAGCAUUGAUCAACUUCUUAAUAUGGUACCUGUAAUUAUUAAGAAUCUGUACAAAUUAAAUAAGUUAACAGUAGGAAUUAAAUAUCUUGGCCGUGUGUCCGGAUAAUUUCCCAUACACUCAUCAAGUGUUCCAAUCUUAUUAACCGAAUUUUUUCUGGUUUCACGUUCCCCUUUCGCUGUGUUUGGCUACUGUUUUUUACAUGACAAAUUGUAAAUGUGAUGAGCGAUAUGCGUUGAUAUAAUUUAAUAUUCCAUUUGGUACAAGAAUUUAUACGAUAUUCUUUCACAUCUUAGUACAAUAAUAAAUUAAGCAAGUGCUGCGUCCAUACAUAUAAUUCUGUUUAGGAUAUACGCGAUAAUCGCAGCUUGAUGUGGUUUCGAUAACAGUAUUGUUCCACUACCAGCUUAUUACUGUAUCGCCACAUUGAAUAAAUAAAAAUUUUUUUUAUUUA